UCUUGCUCUUGCCGUUCUACCCCUUAGCGAAUGAAAAGCAUACGCAUCGUUCUGUGAUUGCCCCGGAGUUAUUAGUGCCGUGUAAAAAGCAGUUUCCCCACGAUAAACAUGCUACGGAGUGCUAGACUGGUGCAAAGACUAUCGGCCCAACUGGUCCGGAUGGCGUAAAACCGUGUGCCCCGCAGAAGGCUUGCGUAUCCUCGGUCUCUCGCGUGAGAAAGAUUCAUUCUAGUGGUAUUCGCGUAAAGUUGUGAUUUAUCGAAGCGAUCCUCGCGCGAUUAAUGUAUUAAAGAAGCAGAAUAAGAAAACGCAGAAGAAGAAAGGAACCGGGAAGGCAAAACUUCGAAUGUCCUAUUUACCACAGUGUAGCUUCAGCGCAUAAACGAUAACAAUGUCUGGCCACAAUCCGCCACACGGACGACUGGGACAACCGAACACUACGUGGAAUCCGUUACAGGUUCCGUCGUAUGUUCCCCGACAACCGCAGUUAGCACACAUGUCGAGCGAAAGAUCAAUGGCACGCUCUCCACUAACGUGGCCUACACCACCGACAACGCAUCAGGAUAAAGUGUACAAUUUAAUGGCCGGCAAUCUAAUGAAUAACCUUGAUAUGAAUCCACUAUUGCAAGGCUAUGGACGAAACGUCGGUAUGCCGCUGGGAUCGGUGGAUCUGACACUGUCGUCCGCCGCACGCAGCACACCUUCACCCAAAGGGGUCCACAACAAUAUUCAGACUGCUUCCACGAGUUCUUCACAUUCUUCGCAUACCUCGUCGUCAACGACAACCACACUGCCAUCAAACAUUCCCACCAGUGGCGUUCACAGCAUGGCCGGAGAUAGUGGGCUUUCGGGAAGCAAUCACCAAGCGCGACCCUCUGGCACCUUGGCUAACGUUGUACCGGCUUCGGGCGGUGUAAUUCAGUCGACCAACGUAGCAGCACUGAAAGAACGCAUGCAAGGACCCGGUGGCUCCAGUAUGGCACCUAGUGGGCCGGGUAGCACAUCAAAUAACUUUGGAAUGAUGAAUACAAUCAACGACAGUAGUAAUGCCACGAUCGGCACUAGUAUGGUACGUGGAGGCAAUGGUUUCGGAACCGGGUUGAGCAAUCGCACUGCGAGCGACCUUGCAGCGCUCGUUACCGGUGGUCUAUUGGUGAAGGAUGCGAAGCAAAUCAACAGCGAAAUGGAUAGUAAAAAUGGUCGCGAUUGUUUUUCGCACCUUACGGACUCGGCCGAUCUGGUGAAAGAGUUCGUCUUGCAAACGAUGCAUUGCAACGCGUUAUCGGUUUCACCAAAGCGAACAUCUCCAGCAAGAUCAUCGGUGCAGACGGCUUUAAGCCCGAACAGAAGUCGAAGUCCACCGUUAAACUUAUUGAUUGGACCGUCCGCUAUUGACGGUAAGCUCGGUGUAGAUUGUUUAAACAGCGCGUUUCCCCUGCCGAACAACAACACUGCAGUGCCAUCACUGAGUUCUGAUUCUUCUGCACCUGCUCCAACACUGGAGGGGACGGAUAUUGGCACCGUUACGGCUAGAGCGAUUGGUACAUUGCUGGCCGGGACUGGUAGCGAACUGACCACCGGUACCUCGAUACCUUGUCCAAUCAAUCCUUCCGCCUCACCGACAGGGAACAGUAUGGCCUCGAGUGAAGAUUCGGUCGAUUCGUCCAACAGCAGGAGUAACAACACGCGAAGAAGAAGAAAGCCGGAAAAAACCAACAAAAUGAAUGCGGUGUUCCCGCUCGAGGAUGGAAAGUCACUUUUCCCUGUUGCAAAAGCCGUGGACGGAGGGAUGACGGGAAUGGAAGAAUUGGACAGUUUGCGUACUAAUCACGCGGCACGAAACGAUAUUACUGCACUAGCGAUCGAAGGUAUUAAUGCGCUCAGCCACGGCCUGUCCGGGACACAGUGCGAUCUCAGUCAAGGUGCACCGCUGGUCAGCAUGUCGGAGAAUAAUGCUCGGGAAGCGAGCGCCAUGCACACACCGCACGAUAUCUUUCUGCCGCACCAUACGCAACGAAAGCCCCCAACGGAAACGACUCAAGAUCAGCAAAAGCUACUAGAAACCCUUAUCCAAAGCAAUAUGAACAACAAUGGGACAGCACCAUCCGCAGCAUCGAAUAGUUCCAUCGUUCCGAGGACUGCGGAAGAUAGCAUUGCGUUGCAAAAGCAGCACGCAGCGAACGAUUGUGAAACGAUCGAUAAAAUUGCUGCCAUGGUAGCGUCUACGAAUGCGCUGGCGAGAAAGUUUUGCCUAGACAAAGUGACGGAACCGACGAACGAUAAUGGUAUCGUAGGGUCGAUGGCAAACACGCCGGAGAUGAACUGUAAUGGACCUGCGCCGCUCCAAAAGAACACACAGCUAGAGGAGAAAAAUGGCCGAAAGGCGGAGAAAAAAGCAAAUGCUUCGGACAGCAGCUAUGAGGAGGUUGAAAAUAAGCUUGAGGAAAUGUUUGCGGGCAUUGAAGAGCAGCCGGGGAAUUGUGUCGUUUCGGGCGUACAGAAAGAAUUGUCAGACGCUAGUGAUAACCAUGAGAACGUUGGAAGCUUACCAUCGUCGAUCGGACGCGAUCAUGCGACGGAUGUUCCAGACGGUGACGUGAUGAAACAGCUGUCGAAUGAUUUAUUAUUGGCAGAUCGGGCGAGUGAAAUUCCGGGCAGUUCCAGCAAUGGUAGCGGGAAGAAACCACUAACUCCAGCACAAAAGCGUGGCAUCGGUAGCAAAGCGAUCGCACAGCCGGUGGGAGAAAUGAUCUCAAGUACACCGGUGGCGAAACGUAAACGCGGACCGAAGAAGAAAUCAAACGCACACAGCAAACCCGCCAUCAGUCCGUUCAUGGAACCGGCAGGACCCGCAAUGUUGGGUCUAAAGUCGUUGAACAACAAAAAGAAAGGAAAGAACAAGAAAGCAGCUGCCGGCGGUACGGGUAAGAAAGGUAAAGCGACAAAAGGGAAGGCCGGAAGCAAGUCCGAUGAGCGGGAAACGUCAGCGAGUGCGGCAUGGUCUGCAGGAGCUGCUGCUAGUAUAGAGGCGAACGGGAAGUAUAAGGGACCUUACGUUCAGGUCAGGUCGGACGGAUGCCACACCGUCAUCAAUACGCCGCUCAACGAAGAGGACAGCGAGAAGACCCAGAACAAGACGAAAAAGUUCAGCAACAGUCUCAACAGUUCGGAGCGAAGUAAAAUUCGUGGCCUGCACGUAAGCACACUCAGCACCAAAUACGAUGCGGACACGACGGAUACGAGCUGGAUGUGUGUGUUUUGCAAAACCGGCCCGCACAAAUUUCGGCUCGGGGAUCUAUUUGGUCCGUAUAUAAUAAGCACCGGUUCCAGCGAGUUCGAACAGAGCCAGGUCGAUGUGGAUUAUUUUAGUGUGCGUCGAACGCGUGACGAUCUUGAAUCGAACCAAGCGAAGCAAAAGCGUACUGUCGAGAAGCUGAAAGAGCAGCAACAAUGCGGUACGAAAAGUAAAAAACGGAAAAACGCAACAGGAGCUGCUGUGAACGUCGGUCUGAUACCCAUGCCAGGACCCAGCAACGUAAAAGAGCUGGCACUGAAGGAGGAGAAAUGCGACGAUACCCUCGGUACGGAACAGCAAACAUCGACAGAGAUUUUUUACGGCAUGAUUAAAGCAAGUGAUAACACGUACGAGGUAUGGACGCACGAGGACUGCUUAGUGUGGGCCCCUGGUGUUUAUAUGGUAGGGACGCGCAUCGUCGGUCUGGAGGCGGCCAUCUGGAACUGCUGUCGGCACCAGUGCCAGCUGUGCCGAAACUAUGGUGCUGUGCUGAGCUGUCUGCAUCAGGGCUGUCACGCAAAGGCGCACUACAUUUGUGCGCACAAACAGAGCUGGAAGAUGACUGAAGAUUUCCAAUCGUUUUGUCAACUGCACGCCGCUCCGAAGGAACCUAGCGAUGGUGGUGAGGUGGCCUCGGUCAGUAGGGAGGUUGCUUCCGCACCAACGCUAGCAGCGACGAAGCAGCUGAAGAAGGAAGGCAAGGCAGAUGGACAGAACCAACAUUAUUACGAACGACGAAUCUCUCAACAAUCCAUUAACAGCAGGUUCGGCACAGUAUGGAACAGUUCAAUAUCAAUGGUGUAUAUAGUCAGUUCCUCGAACAACACUAGCCAGUUCAGUUAAACGAUAAAGUUUCAACCGCAUCCUUAGUAAGUGUAUCUUUUGGGCGGGCUAGCAAAACAUUUAAUUUCUUCCGGUUUCCGGGAACGGGAAACAGAUGCAAAUUUUAAACCUUCUCCACUAGCGACGAAGCUGGUAGGCAACGUGUUUGGCUUAUUAAACUAUAAAUAUAUAUAAAUAUAUAUAUAUACAUUUAAAAAUGCACGUAAGAUGGAAACAAUGUUUUAGUUUAAUGUAACCGUAUAGGAAAAGCCCAUCUCUUUAGACGUCGCGCCAUGGUUCUUAUACAAAGAUAUUUUUGUAUUUGGAGAUGUAAUGAGCAAAUCGAAACACUACGUAGCGUCAUGACAAACAUUUUAUUCUUAAACGAGCCAUAGUUUACUUCGAAUUAGUGUACGGUUUAAGCAAACAGUGGACAGGUUUUGUACUAUAGGGAGGGGGCGAGAGCUAGACGAUAAGAUAUUCCACCUUGUGUGCAUCAUGGCGUAAUUGUAACGAACAAAAAUGGAUAAAAACAAAAACAAAACAAAACAAAACAAAACAUGGCCGACACCGUCGAACGUGCAAACGCUCGAUCCACUCACAAUCACGCAACGAUCAUUGUUCCACAUUGUUCGGGCCAACGGUUCAGUAUGUUCCACCUUCACCGACGUACGCUACGUUUGGGGUAGGUCAGUACGGCGCUGGCGAACGAUAAUGUAAGUUGUAAAGACAAGUUCUGUUUAAAAUUUGUCGAAUGCAUGUGAUUUACCGUUUAAAAAAACAAGGAAACGAAGUGUAAAAAUAUGGAAAAAAAGAAAGUUAUUUAACAAAACAGAGACAUUGCAGUGGUAACAGCAAGCAAGAACACAGUACAGAGAUAGUAAAAUACAAAGAAAAUAAAAUAAAAAAAAAAUGAAACAGAUCAAAUUCUACUGUAGAAUACGUCGUUUUUGCAUUGAAAAAUCGAACAAAAUACUGAUAAUAAAACAAAGCAAGUU